AUGGCGCAGAACUCUCCGGAACUUGGCGUGGUUCUUGGAGGUAAACGUCCCUCAGCCCCAAAGACCCCAACUAGCGUCCCUCAGCCCCAAAGACCCCAACUAGCGUCCCUCAGCCCCAAAGACCCAACUAGCGUCCCUCAGCCCCAAAGACCCCAACUAAGCCCCAAGCCCCAACUAGCGUCCCUCAGCCCAAAGACCCCAACUACGUCCCUCAGCCCCAAAACCCCAACUAGCGUCCUCAGCCCAAAGACCCCAACUAGCGUCCCUCAGCCCCAAAGACCCCAACCCGUCCCUCAGCCCCAAAGACCCCAACUAGCGUCCCUCAGCCCCAAAGACCCCAAACUAGCGUCCCUCAGCCCCAAAGACCCCAAACUAGCGUCCCUCAGCCCCAAAAGACCCCAACUAGCGUCCCUCAGCCCCAAAGACCCCAACUAG